AAUCUCCUCUGUUUUAUCGUCAGUGUAUAAGUUUAUACAGAAUAUCGUUAUAAAUAAAUCAGAGUAACGGUGCAACGAAUCCGUAAUUUGGGUCGUCUAAAUCCUGUUUUUUGAAAACACAAUCAACAAGAAAAAUGCAGACGACUGGAAGUGGGUGAGGUGCUCUAGUUAAAAUCGUCGCGAAUAUGUGAUGGCGAUCAUUAACGUGUCGACGAAGGUGUGAAUUCUAUCAUGAAUAUCUUACUACUAUGCAUGCUAUUAUGCUACACAUCCACGGCUCGAAGUCACGACGAAAUCUCCGACCUGAAAAAUACGGAAAGUGCAACGGAAAACGAACGUGUACUAAAUGAAACUUUGACAAAAUACGGUGACGUUGAAGACUUUACGAAACUGGGACUACCAGGUCCCGAAAUUCUUACGGACCGGAAAAGGUUUGAUUUAAGUAAUCAGUUUGUUGGGGAUUCCACAAAUUACACUUUAAGAAUUCGUACUAUUAUUCGAAAUUUAAGUUACAACGCACGUUUUGAGAAAGGUACAAUAAAAAUAAUAGACAACCAAGAACAACCAGAUGUUAGGGGUCUGUUCACCGAACAUUUCAAAAAAAAGACUGGAGGUUAUUACAUUCGAACUAUAGGUUACACGCUAGAUGAAAAUGGUUAUAGACAGUUUCUGAUUGGCUUAUCUACAGCAAUAGCCGAAAAAAGUAAAAGAAUUUCGUCGACGGUUCUUGCAUCCUUAGUCGGUGGUAACAACUUAGGAUGAAAACAACAUUUAAUAGUACCUUUAUAUUCAAUUACAAGUGGAAUAAAAUUAAAUCAGUCACUCA